AUGUCGCAUCUGACGCUCCAGCGUAGCGAGAGCCCGUCAGAUUCCCAGCGUGAACACUUCCCGCAAGACAGUCCAACGAUAGGCAGAGCUGCGGUGGAUUAUACCUACACCUUUGCUGACGCCAACCCGCUGCCACCGCUUUCCAUACCGCUGCCUGGCGCAAGCACAAGCACAAAUUGGGAGCGAGCUUUCUCGACGCCCAAACGCCCAACCGCCCUGUCGUGCCUCCCGAGACCAGCGCUGACAGAGAUCCCCACCGUCGUUAGAUCACAACGGGCACCAGGGAAACCCACUCCCAGCCCGCUGCAAACAAGCAUCGCCGUGUCUCCGCCGUCAAGCGCGAGUCCCAACCGCUCAACGUUCCCUUCGCCGGCUCACGAAUCCUUCGCCACCGCUUCAGGCACGCAUACACUCCGAGAUCCAUCACGCCGCUCUCCUUCGCCUGGGGAUAGCAGCAAGGAUUUCCGCUUCGCAGGCGCGAACUAUCACAAAGGAGACUUCUCCCCUCCCGUGACCCCAAUUUCCAACAUCAUUGGAUCAAUCCUUACGUCUCCUUCUCCGAAUGACUCUAGAAGUGUAUCCGAUCCCGUUGCGACGACGAAGCCUGUAGGCUCUGCUGCUGCAAGCCUGCCUAACAUGGCCGGCGCUCCAGCAGCUAUCAGGAACGAUGCCAUCGGAGGUCCUCGAACGUCGUCCAUCGAUUCUGCUGUAUCUGCGAUAUCGUCUCGUUCGCCUGCACAACAAGGGAGCCAGGAUGCGAAUGCAGAUGUUGCCAACUUGGUGAGGGCGGCCGGCAGUCCUGAGGCUGUCAUCCAGUAUCUAUUGAAAGAGAAGCACUCGCAAUCCCAGCAGAACGCGCAAUUGUGGCGGCUGGUGGACAAGCAAAGGGCAAUGAUACUGGGCUUGAACAAGGACCUCGAGCGGGCUUUGAAAGACAAGGAGAGGUACCGCAAAAAGCUGAAGGACGUGGUCGCGGUGCACGACGACCCCUCGAAACGCGAGACUCUUCGAUCGGCUGCAACACCCCUUCCACGAGUCGAUGUCAACGUACCCAGAGACAGCCAGGCUGAUGUGGCCGCAUCGCCGUCCAACUUGGACUCGGGCAGCGUCAAACAGUCUCCCAUCGAUAUGACCCUUGCUCCGUACCCGAUCACACCCCCAGCGGAUCAUAUUGCACACGGGCCGCCUUCAGCAGUUGGCGAACUUUUGGAUCCCUCGCAUGCAAUGCCCAGGCCAUCUGAGCAUGCACUUGAUAACUUUGACCGGGAGGAAGAGGACCGUGCUGCUGAUGAGGAGGCUAAGAAGGUGUCCGAAGCGUCGACCGACCUUCCGAUACUCCUUAGCUUGCCUCCUUCAAGGAGCCUGCCCAGCGAGCCCCCACGAAUGCCUCCUCCAAAUCCCCCAAAGGGCCACCUCCCAGCCGUGUCGGUCAUUGAAGCAUCACCGCUGGUUGACCCGGGCAUCUCUCAGUUUCCUCCUCCCUCUGCUCCACCCCCACGCAAACCUCCACCAGCUCCACUACAGCUGAAGAAAGAGCCGAAUGUACCGGCGGCCAUGCUUCCUGACGACGAGAACGAUUCGGAUUCAGAUUAUGAUUCGUUGCUAGAGGUAGACGAACUGCCGGUACUCGAAAAGCGGGGACGAAGACGCACCCGAGAGGAAGAUGACCGGGACAGAGAAGUUCUGGCGCAGCAGGAAGCUGAGGCGCCCAGCCUUUCUAAGAAGAGCAAGAAAGGCAGCCAGAAGGGGACGCCGAUAGCUGCGGAACCAGAGCGUCCAAGGACCGAUGUUCCGGCAAACCUUCAGCCCAGGAUGCUACCAAUGCUCGCGCGUGAGAAUAUCCCUGCCUCGUUGGCCGGUUUGUUGAGUGGCAGUGAGGUUCAGCAGAACGUAAUGACCCCUCCGCUUCUGAGUCCGGGAUUGCCAGCAAGCCCGAGACCGAUGACAACGAGACCACCGCUUCAUUCCCCGCCUCUGUCGCCACGAAGCAUGGGCCCAGCUGCCGUACCACUAUCGCCCCGGGCUCCUAGGCAGCCGAUCCCCUUGCCUCCCAGCACCUCAAAAUCUAACCAGUCACCACAACUCAGGCCCCUGAACUUAUCCUCACCAAAGCCUCUCAAUGUAGUGAAACCGGAGACCGAGUCUGAACAGCCGAGCCCUACAGUGAGCAGCGCAGAUUCAUUCGACCGCACGAGGAUGUAUAAGGGCUUCGUCACGGAUGAGUACCCUGACCUACUACUCCCUCCGAAUGCACUUCCUUCCAUUGUGGUAAAGGUGGCAUCGUCUCGCAUGAAGCCUUCGCGAGCUAGUCUGAUGUCUCUUACGCAGCUAGAGGAAGAUCCGGUGUUCACAUUGGCCAUUUUUUCUCGGUCCCAGGGGGGAGAGCUUUGGAGAGUGGAAAAAGACACCAUGUCUUUCGGAAAACUGGAUCAAAAGAUGAAGCAAUGUUCAGCGUUCACUGCUAAAACGCCGGACAGAUCUCUCUUCAGUGGUCAUGCUCCUGCUAAGCUGGAUGCGCGUCGUACCGUCCUGGACCAGUAUCUUGAUGAAUUACUCAACACGCCUCUCGACCUUCCGUCUGCUUUGGAGCUUUGCAAGUAUUUGUCAAUCAACACUCUCCCGCCCAAUGGUGAAGAUCCCCAGCCCUCUGUUGAGACAAGCAGCGAAGUCGCACCGCAGAAGGGCCCAGGUGGUAGGCCUUUCAAGAAUGGAUAUCUAACCAAGAGAGGCAAGAACUUUGGCGGGUGGAAAGCUCGAUAUUUCGUUCUCGACGGGCCUUCCUUGAAGUACUAUGAGGCCCCCGGUGGCGCGCAUCUAGGCACGAUCAAGCUUCAGAAUGCGCAGAUUGGGAAACAGUCGCAGCAACCCAACGAUGGUUCUCCUGGAAGAGGUCCGAACGGUGACGAACUGGACAACCAAUACCGCCAUGCAUUCUUGGUUCUCGAGCCGAAGAAGAAAGACUCCACCAGCCAUGUCAAGCAUGUUCUAUGCGCCGAGAGUGACAGAGAACGCGAUCAAUGGGUUGACGCCUUGCUGCGUUGGAUCGACUACCGGGAUCCCAAUGACGAAGAGUCCCAUCAGCCCACUGCCAACGACCGAUACGGAUCCAAUAGCCAGGCCCAUGGCAAUGGGACAAAUGCAAAGAAGAAGAUGUACGCACAGGCAAAGCCCCCAACUUCACGCAAUAACAGCCACGAUGCCCUGAUCGGGGUGAGUUACGAUUCAGCCAAGCAGGGUAACAUUCCAGACGGCGCACCGCGACGCCGGGGAACUACCAGUCCCGAAUCGCAAGAUAUGGUGGCAGCACCGGCAGCUUCGAAACAAACGAUCUCUGCUCCCAGAGACCCUCAAUUAAUAUCUGACUCGGCAUUGUGGGGUGGCAAACCAACUCUGGCUCCACCUGCGCCGACGAUGGAGGAGAAGAAGCAGAGAAAGCGCAGUUUCUUCGGUUUCGGCCCCAAGACCCGUUCAUCUGAUGACGACCCUCUCUAUGGGGGUGGCAAUUCUCAAGGAUUGAGCGAGUAUCGUGGACCAGCACGGCACGUCUUCGGGGCGCCACUGGCCGAAGCUGUGAGAUACAAUGGACCGGUUGAUGUCAAUGUUCCCCUCCCAGCGGUGGUCUACCGCUGUAUUCAGUUUCUGGAUGCCAGGAACGCACUCCUGGAAGAGGGCAUAUUUCGACUCAGCGGCUCCAAUGUCGUAAUCAAGGGACUCCGUGAGCGGUUCAACCAAGAGAGUGAUACCAACCUACUCACUGACGAAACCUACUACGAUAUUCAUGCCGUGGCAUCUCUGCUGAAACUCUACCUUCGCGAGCUCCCCACGACAAUUCUGACCCGAGAUCUCCACAUGCAGUUCGUAGCAGUUACCGAAAUGCCGAACCACAAGGAGAAGAUACUGGCAUUGUCGGAGCUGGUACAGCGCAUGCCCCUGGCUAAUGAGACCCUGCUCAAAUAUCUCAUCGCGUUCUUGAUUAAAAUCAUCAACCAUGCGGAUAUCAACAAGAUGACGGUACGCAACGUGGGUAUCGUCUUCUCGCCUACACUCAACAUCCCGGCCCCUGUUUUUGCUUUACUCUUGCAGAACUAUGAAGGUGUCUUUGGCAUAGAUCCCGAAGAGUACGAGCUGCCAUCACCCGUGUCCGAGGCAGAUUCAAGGCCACUGGUCGAGGGACAGCCGCGUCGGCCGUCCACUGCUGGGACGAUCGACUCGCCGCACCUGCAGCGAUUCCUGGAACAACAGCGGUCAACGCCUACACCACCACCUCGCCAAAAUCUAUAUGAGCCGCAGUAUCUCAACCAGCUGGCUUCGAGUUCUCAAUCCUCUCUUCGCCCGGCGUAUGAGAGCGAAUUCAGUGCUCCGCCUGGCUACGACCCAGACACGGUGCAAGCGGCAUCACAAAAACAACCUACCUACGACCGGCCUUACUACGGACCGUCUUAUGAGCAAGAAUACAGUGGAAACUCGAAUCCUGCAUACGACCAAUCUUUUAGCCGCAAGGCGAAGCGAAGAGAGAGUUCCAUGUUCAUGAUGGGCAACAUGCUCAACCCCCAAGCCUCACAGAAUCGUCUUCGAGAGGAAAACCGAAUGUGA